GCCACACCUCCCGGUGACGUCAGAGGGGGCGUGGCUGCAGUCGGUUUUAAACCUCAGGCAGAAAAGCAGCGCCGAGCAGAAGCGACCCGCUGCCGGAUUUCCAGGUUUCGGUUCCGAUCCAGAAGGACUUUAUAUGGAGGAGGUUCGGCUCCGCUUCCCGCCCUCCACAGGACAAAACAGCCGCUGAGCAAUUCCCCCGGCUGGCGGUUCGGAUCCCUCUGGACCAGCAGCUUUUCCAGCAGGAGAUUCAGAGCCGUGCUCUGCUCCUCCAGGUUGCCAUGGUGAACAGCAGGGUGGAGGCGGUGCUGGGCGGCGGCGGGGCGACGGGCGCCCGGGCGUGUGCGGGAUGCGGCGGGCGCAUCAUGGACCGCUUCCUGCUCUUCUCCAUGGAGCGCUACUGGCACACCCGCUGCCUGAAAUGCUCCUGCUGCCACGCCCCGCUGGGCGAGUUCAGCAGCAUCUGCUACAGCAAGGGAGGCAUGAUCCUCUGCAAGAACGACUACAUCAGGCUCUUCGGUCACAGCGGCGCCUGCAGCGCCUGCGGACAGUCCAUCCCGGCCAGUGAGCUGGUGAUGCGGGCUCAGGGCAGCGUCUACCACCUGAAGUGUUUCAGCUGCGCCACCUGCAGGAACCGGCUGGUGCCCGGCGACCGCUUCCACUACGUCAACGGGACGAUCUUCUGCGAACAGGACCGGCCCGGCGCCGCCCUGGUGGCGCUGCAGGGCGGCAGCAUCAUGGCCGAUCAGAAGGUUUGCUGAGGAAGACGAUGGAGCCAGACGUGCCUUCUUCUUCUUCUUCUUCUUCUUCUUCUCCUACUUCUUCCCCGUCUAUCGCCGUCCUUCAUCAUCAUCUUCCUCCUGCUGAAUGCGCCCAGUGAACCCGACAGCCGGUCCGGUCCGGUCCGGUCAGCAGUGGACGCUCUUCUUCUUGUAAAUAAAGUUUGUUUGGGACGCAACAGGAAGUCCUCCAAGGUUUACCAGGAAAUGAUGAAGACUUGAGGUUUGAACUUUGACUAGGCCACUGCUGCUCCAGCUGAUGGACUCUGAUUGGACGCAUCCUGGACCAAUCAGAGGCUGGCAGACUGAAAGUCAAGCCCGCAUCAUGAUACCUCCUCCGCCGCCUGUGUGAGCGUCUGGCUGACGUCUCCCCGCCGCCGCAGGAGGAAGUUCCUGUUUGUCUGGUUUCAGUUUUUAUGAAAAUUUGUCAAAAGUUUCCGUUAAAAACAAAAAAUCCUGAAAAUAAAAUGAUUUUUACUGAAUUAUCUGACAUGAAUCUUCUGUUAUUUAAGCAGAAUUAUUCAUAUCUGCUGCUCAGAACCGGCGGUGCCCAAAGUGUGGCUCGGGGGCCGUUUGCGGCCCUUGGACUGAUUUUGCGCGGCCCCCGACUGUAGCUGGUUUCACCAGAUUUGGCCCCAGCAGAUGGAAACUUCUUUUUUUUUUUACACAAAGAUUAAAAACAGGCUGAAAUCUUAUAAAAACAGUAAAAAAUAUUUAAAUAUUUAUCACUGCUUCUGUUCUUUUGUAAGAAAACAAACAUAAAAAUUGUUUUUUAUUAUUAACACCUGAUAAGUUUUUCUUUUCAAAGAGAAAAUCUGCAGAAUAACAAAGUUUUCACUCGACUUUCAACUGAAAACCAAAAAUACUUUUAGUUUUAUUAAACUGUUGCAUCAUCAGAACAAUAAAGAACUUAAAGC